GAAAGCACAACUGUGCGAACAAAUAAUAGCAGAUCUCGACCAGUCAGUCUGAAUUCUGUACCACAGAGAAACCCUCUCACUUCAGAAUCUGCCAGCUCAGCAAUAGCAAGCAUAUUAUCUCUAACAUCAGAUACAAGCUCAAAUAAACCAUCGGACCUGCCCCGAUCUUUCUGGUCCGAUAAAGAAGCCCAGGAUGCUUGUUUAAUGCGAUACUUUGUUGAAGAGCUCGCACCAUGGUUCGACACAUGCGACAUCGCUAAACAUUUUGCUCUUGUGGCUCCCCAUAGAGCGAAAUCAUGCCCACCUUUAUUGUACGCUAUUUAUUCUGCGUCCGCAAGACAUCUUAGUCGGCGACAGAUUGUCAACGGGAGUGAAAUUCUAUUUGCAGGGAAAAAGCUUCCUCUACUUGGUGAAGAGACAGCCCUCGAGUAUCAAAGCCUAUGCAUCUCCCAUCUUAUGUCCCUGUCUGGUGACUCGACCGAAGUUCAAGAUGAGAACCUCCUUGCAGCAGCUGUGAUACUUCGCUUCUAUGAAGAAUAUGACGCACCCCUCGUCGGUAUCGACGAUGAGACCUAUCUCCGCGGAACACAAGUGUUCCUAGACGCCCAGUCCAUAUCAGCCAUGCAAGCCGGAAGCCUUCGACACGCCGCGUUCUGGGUGGCCUUUCGCCAGGAAUUUCACCGAGCUUUCAUCAAGCAGCGUGCAUUUCGAUUCAAUUCUCAUUGCUGUGCUUCUUCGCCGUAUAGAUCUCUCGAUCCCGCUGACGACAACACAUGGACGAAUCGAAUGGUUUUGCAUUGUACAGAUGUCCUUACGUACUGCUAUGCUGGGGGGUCUGAUCUGUCACGAUACGAUGAGCUCUGGGCAUACACCCUCCGAUGGCAGUCCUUGGUUCCUUCAACUUUUAAUCCUCUUUAUUCUAGGGACCCGGAUUCGAGUGCGAACGAGGUCUUUCCGGAGGUUUGGUAUCUUGAUGAUUGUAUAGCGCGCAUGCUUCUCCUCGCCUUUGACCCACGUGUUCCGCGUAUGGGUCCUAAUCGAAAGACGGCUGUUGAAAAAAGAGAGGCCGAGAUCAAAUGGAACCUGUUCAGUCUAUGCGGGAUAGCUCGGUCAAAUAAGACCGCUCCUGCACUUGUCAUGGCUUGUAUGGGUGUCACGAUGUGUGGCGAUCGGGUUACGAAACGUGUGGAGCAAGAGGCGCUGCUUGGGAUCUUGGUGAAACUAGAAGAGGUCCAUGCCAUUUCAAGUGGUAUGGCGCAGGCUCAGCCUCAGCUGAGAGAGGCGUGGGGUUGGGGUUGUUCUACGAUUCAUGUAUAG